CGCGUCGUUUACGCGUCCUUUUCCAUUGAAAUUGAAAUAAAAACAAUAAAAAAAUAAAAUUCUCACUGAGUUUAGUUUACUGUAAUUCUGUUUUUUCCUCCUCUAGUCGGUUAGAUUGUUCGUUACUUCAUUCACCGACUAGAGGAUUUUGAAUCGAGUUUGAGUUCUGUUUGAUUCAUUUUCAUUGCUCUUUUUCAAGUUGAAGUUGAAUUGAAGAUUGCAGAGACGAUACUGAAUCGAUUCAUGGAUCUGAAGUAUUUAUUGAUUACAAUAGCUUUGGAAAUCUUGUGCGUUGUUGCGAAUGGGAAUAGUGAUUUAGUUUUUCAGGUGGAGCGUCGGAAAACGAAUUUAAGUGGAAUUAAAGAUCACGAUGAUCGCCGUCGCGGUAGGUUUCUUUCCACCGUCGAUAUCAACCUUGGCGGUAACGGUCUUCCUACUCAAACAGGGUUGUAUUACACAAAACUCGGGCUUGGCUCUCCGAAGAAGGACUACUAUGUUCAAGUUGAUACCGGAAGUGAUGUUCUGUGGGUGAAUUGUAUUGAGUGCUCAAGAUGUCCGAGGAAAAGCGAUAUCGGUAUGGACUUGACUCUCUAUGACCCAAAUGGGUCUGAUACUUCGGAGUCAAUUGCUUGCGACCAUGAGUUUUGCUCUUCCACAUAUGACGGUCCAAUUCCUGGUUGUAAAGCUGAAACACCCUGCCCUUACAGCAUAACUUAUGGAGAUGGGAGUGCGACUACCGGAUACUAUGUUAAGGAUUAUCUUACUUUUGACAGUGUCAAUGGAAAUCUCCAUACUGCACCACAAAAUAGCAGCAUCAUUUUCGGGUGUGGCGCUGUACAAUCCGGCUUAUUGGGUUCGUCUAACGAAGAAGCCCUUGAUGGAAUAAUUGGUUUUGGACAAGCAAAUUCUUCCGUGCUUUCACAGCUUGCUGCAUCUCGAAAGGUGAAAAAAAUAUUUUCACACUGCCUUGACACUAUUCGUGGUGGUGGAAUAUUUGCCAUAGGGGAAUUGGUGGAACCAAAAGUCAGUACAACUCCAUUGGUACCUAAUAUGGCACAUUACAAUGUGGUUUUGAAGAAUAUUGAAGUCGAUGGUGAUGUUCUACAGCUUCCCUCGGAUAUAUUUGAUUCUGGAAAUGGAAAGGGGACAGUGAUUGAUAGUGGAACAACCUUGGCUUAUCUUCCUGACAUAGUUUAUGACCAACUAAUUCCUAAGGUUUUGGCCCGGCAACCUGGAUUGAAAUCAUCUAUUGAAGAGCAAAAUUUCCACUGUUUCUAUUAUUCUGGAAAUGUUGAUGGUGGAUUUCCAGUUGUCAAGCUACAUUUUGAGGAUUCUCUUUCUCUGAUAGUUUAUCCUCAUGACUACCUGUUCCCAUAUAAGAAUGGUAUGAUGCAGUGUAUUGGCUGGCAGAGAAGUGUAACAGAGACUAAGGAUGGAAAGGACAUGACACUUCUUGGAGAUUUGGUGCUAUCAAACAAACUAGUCUUAUACGAUCUUGAGAAUAUGGCCAUCGGAUGGGUCGACUACAAUUGCUCUUCCAGCAUUAAAGUGAAGGACGCAACGACUGGAGUAGUACAUACAGUGGGUGCACACAAUAUUUCUUCAGCUUCUACCUUUUUAAUUGGUAGAACUUUGACAUUCUUUUUGUUGCUAACUGCUAUGCUAAACAUUUUUGUAACUAGGUUUUGAUAAGUUAUGACAUUCAUUUGAUAUUGUAUCAUAAUUCCUUGAAUGAUAGGGUGUGCAGUGUGGUUGAUAUGAUAUAAUUUAACCAUUUCUCGUAUAGAUUGUAAAUGAGAAAGGAGCGUUUUUCUUUUGGGUAACACUUUGUUGUUAAUAAACAACAUUUUAUCAUUUUUUAAAUAAUGUGUGUAUGAUUA